GCCGGCUGACUCGUACCUCCAAGGUCCCAGCGAGCCCCGCGCUUGCCUUUCGCCUCUCCUCCCCCGGCGGCACGCUGCGUGGCUGCUCGUUGGCUACUUAGGAGGAAGCUCGGUUUGUGUCUCUCCAGAAGUUUCCCCCUUGGGCGGCGGCGGAGCUUCUAUCGUCCGUAAUAGCAGCUCCAGCAACGGCAGCAGUGAGUAUUAGGGAUGGCGGCGGCUGCAGCAGGACAUACAACAGCCCAGAGGUUUCUCCCGAGCUUCUCAGAUGCUCUGGUAGACGAGGACCCCCAGGCGGCGUUAGAGGAGCUGACUAAGGCUUUAGAAGAGAAACCAGAUGAUGCACAAAAUUACUGUCAAAGAGCUUAUUGUCACAUCCUUCUUGGGAAUUACUGUGAUGCUGUUGCUGAUGCAAAAAAAUCUCUUGAACUUAAUCCAAAUAAUCCCACUGCUAUGCUGAGAAAAGGGAUAUGUGAAUAUCAUAAAAAAAACUAUGCUGCUGCUCUAGAAACUUUUACAGAAGGACAGAAAUUAGAUAGUGCAGAUGCUGAUUUUAUUGUCUGGAUUAAAAGGUGUCAAGAAGCUCAGAAUGAGUCACAAUCCAGUGUGUCUGUAUCCCAGAGGACUCACCAGGCAAAAAUCAAGUAUGACUGGUAUCAAACAGAAUCGCAAGUAAUCAUAACACUUAUGAUCAAGAAUGUUCAGAAGAAUGAUGUAAAUGUGGAAUUCUCAGAAAAAGAGUUGUCUGCUUUGGUGAAACUUCCUUCUGGAGAGGAUUACAAUUUGAAACUGAGACUUCUUCAUCCUGUAAUACCAGAACAGAGCACAUUUAAAGUACUUUCAACAAAGAUUGAAAUUAAAAUGAAAAAGCCAGAGGCUGUGAGAUGGGAAAAGCUAGAGGGGCAAGGAGAUGUGCCUAAACCAAAACAGUUCGUAGCAGAUGUAAAAAACCUAUAUCCGUCAUCAUCUCACUAUACAAGAAAUUGGGAUAAAUUGGUCGGAGAGAUCAAAGAAGAAGAAAAGAAUGAGAAGUUGGAGGGAGAUGCAGCUUUAAACAAACUAUUUCAGCAGAUCUAUUCAGAUGGUUCUGAUGAAGUGAAGCGUGCCAUGAACAAAUCAUUUAUGGAGUCUGGUGGUACAGUUUUGAGUACCAACUGGUCUGAUGUAGGUAAAAGGAAAGUUGAAAUCAAUCCUCCUGAUGAUAUGGAAUGGAAAAAGUACUAAAUAAAUUAAUUUGCUAUUACUGUAUUGCAUAUAUUCACCUAAUGCCCAUUGUGUAUUAAUACUGCAUUCUUGAAUUUUGAACACUGAGUAUCUUUUGCAAUGAUUAUACCUCUUUACCUCUGUGCUUUAGGAAUUAUUUUCCUUCAAGUGUUCUGAGUCUAAUGAAGAAUGAAAAUCAUAUUUUAUCACUCUCUUCUUAGGGAUUUCAGACAUGCUGAAAUGGAGUGAAGUAUCAUUUGCUUUUAGAUUAGAUCUAUACAGUUGUGGGAGUGGAGGAAUUGUUCAUGGGAUAUCUCGGGUUAUUGCCUUAUUUUUGAUGCAGUAUUUUGUUAAUAAUUUAUCAGACCUGGCAACUUCGGGUGAGCAUAGAUUUUUCAACCUCAGUGUUACAGUGUUUGCUUUUGAAAACUGCUUUUGAAAUGAGUUGUAAAUACAGUUUUUUUGUAUGAAGAAGUUUGGUUUAUUUACCUUUUUUCUUAAGUUUUUAAUGAAAACUUUGAGCAAUUAUUUAUCACAGGGAAUUCCCAUUUGGUUCUUUUUAUGUGAAGUAUUUAUAAUUGCACUAAUGUUUGGAUUCUUACCUUUCAAAUUCCUUUAUAAAACACAGACACCUGAGUUUAACAUGCUGCAAAUUUAACUAUCCUGAAGGCUAACCUGUGAAGAUGAAAGCAGAGAGUGAUUUAGGAAAGCCCAACUUCACUUCUUGCUGCUUUUUUGCCACAGUGGGAUUCCUGAAAUUAUAGCACUGGUGGUUUGGUUUUUUCAGGGUUUGUUAUUUCUUUUUUUGUAUUUUUUUUUCUUUAUUAGAAAAUCUCAUAUACCCUUGAUUACUUUGGUUUCAUUGGAUUAGGGUAGCUGCUGAGAAUAUAACUUAAUAUGUAAAUAUUUAGUAUCUAUUUAGUAACAUUUUAUAGUAAGGCACUACUUUGCCCUGAUAUGAGGAUAGAAUGAAUGGGAGGCAAAUCAGCCAUCAUUUCAGCCUCUGAAAGAGUAUAAAUUUAGCCUCUUCUGGUCACUGGACAUGAAGUGUAGGGUUGUUCAUAAGGAAAAUAGUGGGGUGACACCAGACCAUGCCCAAACCUGUCACAGCUUUUAUAAACAUGUGGUAGAGGGAGGAGUUUACCUGUCUUGCCCUUUUAGAGCUACAGACUACAUUUUUUUAUUGUUGAACAUUGAAAGAAAAGGCAAAAUUAAGUUCUUGAUUAUCUGAAUUUCUAAAAUUUUCUCCUUCAGGAAAACGUUAGUGAAUUCUGCGUUCUCUAUGUUAAAUUUUCUCAGUGCCAUUAGUCCUAAGAGGUAUGCAGGCUGUUGCUGCACAGGAGAUGUCAGGGAUGAAUAGAGCACUACACCAGAGACAAGAAUCCCAGAUUUAGCAAGUCUCUGCCACUAAGUAGCUGUAUUAUCAGGUUUAGGCUUUCUGUCUUACCGGUAGUUGCUGCAUCUGUAAAUAAUCUAUAAGGUCUUAAAGUUAUAAUUAAAAGUAACAUGAGCCCUAGCUGGGUAGCUCAGUUGGUUAGAGUAUCGUCCCCAGUACACCAAAAUUGCAGGUUCAAUCCCUGGCAUACAACAAGCAACCAAUGAAUACAUAAAUAAGUGGAACAACAAAAAGAUUGAUAUUUCUCUCUCUCUCCCUCUCUCUCUCUCUCUCUCAACAAUAAAAAUAAAAGUCUGUGAUUCUAAAUAUAGAAACAUUUUUGCCACUUGGAGUAACUUUUUUCUUUGUUAAGAAUGACAGUAUUAUAAUAGAAAUUUGCCUUUUUUACAAAAAAUAAGUAUUAGUUUUUCUUGUGUUUUAAAGAAUACAUUAUAUCUAAAGUGCUUACCUAUAGGCGAGGUUUGUUUAGUGUUGUGGGAUUCAGAGUUUUGCUGAGCCAAGUGGAGUUUCUAAUAUACAUGACUUAUAUUACAUUAUAAAAUGUACCAGAUCUAAAUAUAGUACAUUUAUUGGUAAAGAAAGGAAUUUGAAGAAGUAAGUUAGAUUGUUGUCCUUUAGUACUGCUUUUUUUUUUUUCAGCAUUACAAUGAAAAUUUUCAAGCCUCCAGAAAGUUAAAGACUUAAUUUUGAUUAAGAACCCCUUAACUUUAUGCUCUGUUAUCUUAGCUUUGCUAUUAAUUGGUCUCAUUUUCUUUCUAGACUCCUAUUUUCAGUUCUCAAAUUUUGGUUCUCUUACUACUCCCGGUUAACGUUUUGUUUCUCAAAAUGUAUAUGUUUUUCACGUAGUAUUUCUUUUUAAGUUUCAGUCCUGGAAUCCUUUUUUUUUUUUUCCCCUUAAUCUUAAAUUCUUCAUCUGUUUUCCCAAUUUCUAUAAUCACUUGCACCUUGAUGACUUCCCAGAAUUUUCCCACUGUCUUCAAAGAAUCUCGAUGGGAUAAUCUGCUUCUUUGAGUUCUGCUAUCAAGUAACCUCUUAGGUGGCUAUAAAAUAGGUUUGAAACACCAGGGUCAAUUUCGAUAAUUCUGUUUUGUAUCUCAUCCACUUGGAAUUGGUUGCUAACUGAUAAUAAGUUCAGUCUUUAAUAUUGGCAAUUACUGGCCACUUAAAUCUGCUUUUUCUAUCUUUAUAAGAAAUCGAGGGAAAAGAUGGUUUGCACUGAUAACUACAAUUUUAAAAAAAUAUUCUCAUUCCUUAGAUUUGUGAUAGUCACUAACUGCAGAAAAUUGAAUCCUUGUUGUUACUGACUUUCUGACUCUGGAAGAGAAGAAUUUCUUACAGGCUACUACUAUAUGGGAAAAGAAAGAAAAGAAUUGGACUAUUGUAUAAAAAUUUUCUAGAUAAAUAUCAAUAAACAUUUUAAAUGGAGGUAUGUUACUAUUGUUAUGAAUAGUUUAAUUUUAAUUUAGUUCAAUACCUAACAUAUUUAGUUAUACUUUCCCUUUUUACCUUCCUUCUUCCCCAGUUACCUACAUUAUCACUUUAUGUCAUUGAUCUCUGAGAUAUAUCACUGACCCAGAGCAGUAUUGCCUAUUAUUAAUUUAUCAUCUGAUCUGCCCAGUGCACUUUAAUUCUGUUGGGAUCUUUGUUCAGAUUAGUGUGCAGCUCUCUGACUUUUAGCAAUUAUUGACAUUUCCAAAAUUAGGUAGAAAAUUUCUGGGUGGAUUGUGUAUGUGUUUUUGUUUGCUGUGAGAGCUACUUUUCUUUGUAAUCAGCUCUAGAGAAGUUUAUCUUUGCACUCAUACUUACUUUUACAGUCCUGUAAGAAGACAAAUUCCAGUUAUAUCUGCCUUGGAGGGAGGAAACAAGGAAGAAAGAAUGAUAAAAGCUAAAAGGACAAAAUAAUGGUUUCUCUGUCGGGAAGUCCUGUGUAGUUUUAUUUUUUUUGUUAUUUUAAAAUUUUUUAUUUAAUUAAAAUUGACAUGCAGUAUUAGUUUCAGGUAUACCUCAUAGAGAUGAGACAUUUAUAUAACUUAUGAAGUGAUCACCGUGAUAAGUCUAGUACCCAUCUGACACUGUACAUAGUUAUUACUGACUAAAUUCCUUAUGCUGUACUUUACAUCCCCAUGACUGUUUUUAUAACUGGCAGUUUACACAUCUUAUCCCUUCCCCUUUUUAUUAAGAGGGAUCAUCAGUAUUCAUCUGGUUUCCUUUGUCUCCAACUAUGCAUAUUCUGUUGUAAGAUCAUUUUAUACACACCAAGAGAUUUUAUCUUGAAAAUGUUUAGGAACAUGUAGAUAAAUUGGAGAUACUGAAUUACUCACAGAUGUUAUUAUUUGGAGUCAUCCUUGUAAUUUGCUUCUAAAAUUACUUUAACUCUUAACCUGUCUUCCUACCUCAGUAAACUUGCCCCCCAAAUUAGCUAAAAUCAUAUCUAUGCUAACCCAUUAGGGAAAUAACAGUGGUAGCUAUUCUGUACUAGUACUUUUUAUGGGCCAGGUGUUACUAAGUGCUUUAUAUACACUACCUCAUUUAUAAAACCAUUGUCAAGUAGUGCUAGCAUGCUGUUAAUACAGGGUUUUUUUUUUAAUGAGGCUAAAGUUAAGUUCUUUGCCCAAAUUCAUUCCACUGACAAGUGAGGAAGCUGGGAUUUGAAUGCAGACCUGUCAGACUCCAGUACCCAUGCAUUUAACAGCUGUGACUACUAUUUCAGGCAGAUGUUGGGUGUGCAGUGUUUUUUUAUUAAUAAAUCAACUUUUUGACAAUGAAACAGAAAAUGUGCAACUUGAAUUACAGUUUUUUAAAAUCCUCACCUGAGGACAUAUUUGUUUACUUUAGAGCGAGGGGAACAUCGAUCAGUUACUUCUUCUAUGCCUCCCGACUGGGGAUUGAACUAGCAACCUAGGUACGUGUCCUGACUGGGGAUUGAACCUUCAACCAUUUGGUGCAUAGGACAAUGCUCCAGUGCCCUGAGCCACAUGACCAGGGCAAGUUGAAUUAUUUAGUAAUUCUUGUACAUGGGGUGGGAAGAUACUAUUAAAGAUGAGAAUACUAUCAGUUUCUUAAGUAGGAAAGCUUAUCAGGAAUACAAAUCUCUUUCCUGUAGUUCUGAUUUGUGUUGAAGAUGCUGUUUUUCUCAAAUCCAGAUUAAUUGCAGAGAAACAAAAUGUCGUUACAGCUGCUGUAGGUGUAAGAUUGGCACAUUAUGCUGAUCAAAUUCUCUAAAUGUGGGAUCUCUUGCUCUAGUUUUCAUUAUAUAAAUAAAUGCUAAGAUUGUUUUGUUUUUUCCCUAAAUACAUGUAGUAGGGUC